AUGGCCCAUGCGUGGCAACAGGGUCGGCGCCGUCCGCUUCACGCCGAGGGCGCCCUCCUGUGCCUUGUGCUGGCGCUGGCGAACGCCAUCAAGGUCGAUGCCCGACCGCGGCCCAGCGGCAGCAGCGUUCUUCGGGGCGAGGUCUUCAGCGCGGAGCCGCGCUAUUGGAAAGGCCCCGAGCCGAUCACUCUGUGCGAGGAGAAGUACUGGAACGCCACGCUGGAUCACUUCGCGUGGGAUCCACCUGAUGGGAGUGCAACCUACUCGCAAAGAUACUUCCUGUGUCCUUCCUUCUGGAAGGCAUCACAUGACGGAGAGAAAGGCCCAAUCUUCGUGUACCUCGGGAAUGAGGCAGAUGUCACGCUGUACCUGAAUGCGACGGGACUUAUGUGGGAACAUGCACAGGACUACGGCGCCCUGCUGGUGUUUGUGGAGCACAGGUACUAUGGAAAUUCAGUGCCUUCUGGAGGUGAAGGGAAAAAGGCAAAGCAAUACCUCACAACAGAACAGGCCCUUGCAGAUUAUGCGGAAUUUAUCUCUGGUUUGAAAUGUCAGCUCAAUGCCACCAAUUCUCCAGUAGUUGGUUUUGGUGGGUCGUAUGGUGGCAUGCUGGCAGCGUGGAUGCGGAUGAAGUACCCCCAUGUUGUAGAUGGGGUGAUUGCAGCAUCGGCACCAAUAUGGUCUUUCUUGGGUGAGGAACCUGCCUAUGACACAGGUGCCUACUAUAAAAUUGUGACAUAUGCUGCAAGUCCAGCGGCUGGUUGUGCAGAAUCUUGUGUUCCCAAUGUUCGCAGAGCAUGGGACACAAUGCUAGAGAUGUUCAAAACAGAUGAAGGGCGCGCUGCGGUGAAGGAGGCAAUGGGGAUCUGUGAUGCAGUGCCCAUGAAAGGCAAUGCAUGGAACCUCAUCAACUGGGCUGCCACCCCUUUCAGCCUGUUUGCAGAAGGGAGUUACCCAUUCCCCUGCAACUACCUGACCAACGGUGGCGGAUCGCUGCCUGCAUAUCCAAUGCGGGUAGCCUGCAACACAUUUCUGUCAGAGCCAAUGAAUGGAACAGAUCUUCUGGCAGGUAUCGCAAGUGCUGCGUCCUUGCUGUACAACAGUACUGGCAAUUUGGAUUGUUUCGAUUUCUUGGCUGGCGUCAACAACGCUUCGUCUGUUGUUGAUCAUCUAUGGAAUUGGCAAUACUGCACAGAGAUGUUCCAGCCUUUUGGCAUGGAUGGAGUCAAUGACAUGUUCUGGGAUGCUCCUUACAAUGAGUCAGAGACCAUUAAAUGGUGCGUGAAUGACAUUGGCGCACUGCCGCGGCCUUUGUGGGCAACCACGGAGUGGGGAGGAAGAAAAAUCCACACAACCUCCAACAUAGUAUUUAGCAACGGCGAGUACGACCCAUGGAGAGGCGGUGGAGUCACGAACCACGAGUCAGACUCCGUCACAGUGUUCACCAUUGCCGAGGCGGGACAUCAUGUGGAUUUGAUGUUCUCUCGACCUGAAGAUACCGAUGCCAUCAAAGCUGCAAGGGCUAUUGAAUUGACGAGCAUAUCGAAAUGGAUUGCCGAGGCGAGGCAAAGCAGAAGGACUCCCCAGGGACAGCAAGGGCAUCAUCGAGUUGCGCCUGAGCAUUCGGCCAGCAUGAAGGAUUGGGAACUGUAG